UGCUGCAUGGACUCAGAGCACAGGUCCUUUGCCGUACCCAGCGGAGGCAGACAGGGCUUCCCUCAGCUCCAGGGAGUGGACCAUGAAGACGUCAAUUGUAUUUUUGCUUUGCAUCUCAGUUUUCCCAGGCUUCUCCCAGGGCAGAGUUGUUGGAAAGGAUGAAACUGGUUUUGCUGAGUGUAAUGUCUUCUUCCCUGGACAAGUCCCACCUGAAGGAUUUACGGAGCCAUUCCACGUGAAAAUCUGUCAGCAGUACAACAAAGAGCCACGCUUUGCAACCCUCUACAGUACUAAGGACAAAAUCCCUCUUUAUUCAGCUUUUAAGUAUACAAAGCCAGCCCAAAACGAGGAGGAGAACUGGCUGGUCGAACCACAGAUAGACGAUCCAGAAAAUGACCUGCAUGAGAUGGUGCAUGAAGCCAAUAUUGGUGGCACUGUGGCCAACCUUGGUGCAAAUCAAGCCCUGACCUCAGACUAUGUGGGCUCUGGUUACGAGAGAGGGCUACUCAAUCCCAGCUUGCUCAAUGAGGAGGAUUUCCAGAUGGCCACUUACACGCUCACCAAUGCUGUCCCUCUGAGCCCAUCUCUGAGCAAAAGCUGGCACAGAGAUAUUGGGAAGGUAGUGGAGCAUGCUCUGGUCCCUCACUGCUCCAGGAAGGAUCAUCUCUAUCUCCUUGCGGGUGCCAUUCCUUCCACUGUCCGAGUUAAAGGCAAGGUGUCAGUGCCAGAGACCCUCUGGCUGGCAGCCUGCUGUGAUGGUCCAGAAGGAUGGUCCCUGGGACUAGUGAAGAAAACAAAUGAUGAAAACAGCUUGGUGGACCUCAUGGUGGGAGAGCUGGAGAAGCAGCUUCUAGCCAGGGUUCACUUGUUCAAGGGCAACUGUGGGGAAGACAACCAAAGCCAGGAGAAAAGAGAAGCAAUACUGCAAGCUGUCAGUCAGAUUCGCUCUGGAGAGCAAGUAGGAACAAGUGACAACCAGGAGGCCAAAGACAGUGGCUUGAUGAGAAAAGUGGCUGGCAUCAUUGCUACCCCUUUCAUCAAACUUCUGGAACUCCUCAUCUACGUGUUUGUGAAGCUGGUGAAAUUCGUGUUUUAUUUUUUCUGGCUUGUUAUCAAGGGGGUUGGUGGUACAGUUCUGGAUGGAGUCUACAGCCUGUGGAAUGGGGUGGUGUCCUACCUCAAAGCCAUCAGCAUGGUGCUCAUCAGCAUCCCCUAUGACACGGGGAGGGUCAUCAUCAACAUCUUCCUGGGCUUCCUGCAAAUUGUUCAAGAUGUGGUGUCCCUCACCUAUAGGAUCCUGAGCAUCCCUGUGUGGUUUGUCCUUCACCUCGCUGCUUUCCCUUACCACUCCAUCUGUGCCAUUCCCUCUGUCCUCAAAGACAUGGCCAGUGGGAUCAAGGGCACCUUCUCGCUGGUCAUCGAUGCCACAGCCACACUUCUGCAUGGCUUUUAUUACUUGGCUGGUCACAUAGUGAAACGGUUUGUCCCUAAAGGCUCCUCUGAUGACUGACAGGGAUGGAAACCAAGGCUGCAUAGACACGGAGUGAAGGAGGAGUGGGACAAUGCUUUAAGAUACGUGGCCAAAUGCUGUCAAUUUUCUUCUGGUAUUUAUUGUAGUGACAUUAAUAACAAUGAACCAACUGGGGAGUAACGGGGAAGGCCGAGGUAAUAUUGCCGGGGGACACCACCGCUGUAACUAAAGUUCUGUCUAUUGCAAAGUGUUCAGGUUUUAUCGGUGCAGGCCACAAAGUUUCUGUGAUUUGUCAAGAUACUUCCUCUAGGAGAUGCAUGCUAUGUGUGGUACGGGGUUAUUUCUUUCUGGCAAAGGUAACACUGAGACCUAUGCACUGGGAAAGAGCUCCACAGAAGUCCAUCCCUGGGGAGGAGGUGAUGGUUGGGGCAGGAUUUUUGUUACGGAGGGCAUUCUGGGACCUGGGGAAGGGAGAAGGAGGUGAGGGUGCAAGGAUCUGGGGUUGGUAAAUGGUGAGGAGAGAGGAGGGAUGGGGGCAAGGUCGUACUGUUGGUUGCACUGGUCAUUGCACCAGUGUCCCACUGGCGGAGGGGGUGCAACUGGGUGUAUCUCAUAGUCCUCAGGCCUUUCCAGGCAGCUGAAAUCAUGUGGAUCUUGCUGUGAGGACAGACCCGUUGCCCAUUCUUUUGCAUGGUGAGAAAACAUUUUCCUUUAGCUGUACCAAAGUCAUCUUCCCCCAACCCUUCCUUCUUCUCUGGUGACCACUGAAGGUCUAAGCUCUGAAGCUUCAAGACCUGGCAUUCCAUGAUGGUCUAAGGCCCUGAAGGUCUCAGCCCUGAAGCCCUUGUGCCUGCUCCGAAGCCCAGCGGCACCCAGGAGUCACGCUUUUGGCUUGGAAUCGGCUGCCAUCUGCCCACCCUGCCUCCCUUGGGAGCUGCCAGCUCCCCGAGCACGCAGCAGUGUGUGUGUGCUAGAGGUCUCCACAAGACGAUGCCCAGGUUGGGGAUGGAUAACGUCACAGUUGUCCUUCUGGGGUUUGUUUUCAAACCCCAGCUUGCUUGGGGAAAAUCUUCCUGGGUUUUCCUCUAGGGCAAAAGAAAAGCAUCUCUGCCCUUCCCACUGGGCUGAGUUGCUGGGAGGGACAUCCUUACAGAGAGGGGACAUGGGAGAGGAGAUGCCUGGGGACCACAGUGGGGUUUUGCUGCUUUUGUGGGGGUUUAUUCGGUGUUUUCAUAGCCUCUACCUGAUGGUAGUGUCAGAGCGGGGCAGGAGCCAGCCCCAGGCAGGACAGGUGGGUCCUCUUGGUGCUUUGCUGGGAGUGAAGCUGGCUGGAGAGAUGUCGAGGAAGUGAGUCCUGCAAGCGGGAGGGAAAAGGUGGAGGGAAUAGGACACUUGUGCUGAGUUGCUUACACUUGGAGGUCCUGGCAGCACUCAUGGCUGCUCAGGAGAGGAGGAGAGAUCUGCAUGGCUGUUGCAGCUGCAGGGACCAGCAUGGCCAAGCUCAAUGUGAGCCCUAGCAGCAAAGGCUUUUGCUGGACAUUUCCCUUCCUUAUCCAAUUUCAGAAAUCUGGAGGGAGAAAGCAGUUGCAUUGCCCCUUUCUCCCAUGGGGACUAUGGACUGUCAGGUGGGAGGAGAGGCGGACAGGGAAUCUGAGGCACAGCUUUGGUUUUACUGUAUAAAUACCCACCUGGUGAGCCCAUGCACUACCAGACACGUUUAUGUGGGAGGGGGACCCAGCCCCUCUUCUGGCACUUGCCCAUCCUCCCUGCUCGCUUUUCUUUACCCCUUCUCUCCCCAUUGUGAGCCAGGAUCCCUGACAUCUGGGACACUGGAGCUGGGGUGCACGGGGGGGCUUUGCAGGGAACCACGAGGGGUUUGCAGCCAGGCGAGGGGCACAGGGGCACCCACCACUGCUGGAGGAGGGCACAGGGGUGCUGCCCUUCCACAGAGGGCUUUGGGUGUCUUGGUGCAGCUGCCUGGAGGAGGGAGGCUCUUGGUCACAGCAGUGUUUGCUCUGGCUGGACUCCCAGAGGCAUUUGGGAGUCCUACAUGGAUGGAUCCUGCCCUUCACGCCCCCCUCUGUCCCUCCCUCUAGUGCGAGGUUGGUUGUGGACCCCUGAUCUGCCAUAGCACCCUGUAAGGAGUCCCAGGAGCGUGCAAGCCGGUGCUGCUGUCCCUGUGGGGGACCCAGCGGUGCUGUGUUGCUGGUGGCCAGUCCUGGGUUGAAGGAAGCCCAAUUACUCAAUGCAGCAGCUUUGCUGCUUCACGCUGCUCACAGUGGGGCUGAGCUGGGGGGAAAGAAUUCAUAGAAUAUAAUCACAGAAUUUUAGAAUUGUUUAGGUUGGAAAAGAC